GGUAUCGAAGUUGGUGGCAAGCCAAUCUCUGGGUCUUUGUGGCCUCAUCUACGGCCUGUUCUUGCAUGGCCUGACGUUCGAGAAGGUGGCGGGCACAUCACCGAGAGCCAGCCUCGCGACAGUUGCCCUCUUCGCGCAGGGUCUGGGCGCACACCAGGCGGAAACCUGCAUUGCGCUGCUCCUUUUCGCAGCGCCGGUGCUUGCAGCAGUUGUCCUCGCGGGACG